AUGAUCGCAUCGCAGCUCUCCAUGCAUCCCAAGAUUCGUCCGCAAGGUCCAACAAUCUGGCAUCCCCACACCCGUCUCGUUUCUCUGGCUACGGCCUGUCAUGGACCAGCGCGUCAAAUUCUGAAGCGCCCUGGCUCCAACGCGUCGACACCUCUUGCGUCUACCAAGUCCCGUCGGCGUUGUCUUUCUCCCGUCUCUCACCUGCUCUCAGCCUCUCCUUCGACCUUGAUCAGCUUCCUUCGGCUCAUCGACGCAGCCAAUUUUGGCUGCAGCUCGGCCCUCACAAGUCAAGCUGUUUACUAUCCGCCUUUUUCCUUGUAUGGUCUCAUGCCACGGGUUGGCUUUUCGUUGUCUGUCGCAUUGCAUCUCGUCCUGUAUCAGUAUCUGCUGUCUUUCUCGGACAUACCGUGCCGCGCACGUCUAUCGCAGGACAUCUCGAAUCUCGUACGGUCAAAGGCAUCGCAACGCAAACCAGCAACCUCCAAUGUUUCGAUCUCAGCGUUCGGUAUGCCACUCUCUGGCGGCUUACGACGCAUGCAUAUCGCUCAAUCGCAUAACCAGGCUUUCCCGCUCACCUUUCUCCACGCGCUAGGUCUUCUGUCUCGGCCCACAGCUUUAUUCGCUAAGAUGCCACGCAAAUCGACGGGUGGGGUGUCGUCGGCCUCUGCGCCGGGUACGCCCAUUAGCAAGACCACCGGCAAGACUGGAGACGGAGAAGCAUCUGGAGGCUUGAUUGUACCUGCUGAGACGAAGGCGGUUUUGCGGCAGCAAGAAGUGGCGCUCAAGACGCUCACGCACGGCAUCGACUCUUACGAGCUCCCACGGAGCAACGUGAUCAAGACAGCCAAGACCGACAUUCCCGACAGCGUUCAGCUGCGCAAAGAAGUGCAACAAGCACUCGUCAAGUCGGCGAGCGUAUUCAUCAGCUACCUCACAGCCACGGCCCACGAGACUGCACAGGGCAAGGGGGCAAAGAUCAUCAGUGCCCAACACGUACUUGAUGCCGUGGGACAGCUCGAACUCGGCGACGAAGCUCAGAAGGAGAUGAAGGCGCAGCUGAGAGCGUAUAGGGAAAACGCUCAGCAGAAAAAGGUCAAGGCAAAACAGACUGCCGCAGAAGACGGAAAUGACGCAGACGUUUCAAGAGUCGAUAAUGCCGAGGAGGACGUCUCGAUGCAGGUCGAAGAGGAGGAUGCAGAGAGGGAUCAACUCAUGGAAGACUAA